AUGAUAAUUCACACAUCCUUAUCAACAAUAACAACAAGAAAAAACAUGCAUCCAACACUGAUUUUUCUUCUGGUAGUGUCUAUCGUUGGUUCAGCUCAGUCGCAGACAUGGGCUGGCACUUACACGGCUGAUCCAUCAUGCAACACGGCAAAUUGCUGCUGUUUUAGUGGACAAAUAGUGGUAAUAAAAACUCCGCCAAAUACCUAUGGACUUACCUCCAAGGUGGCUGGUAUGUGUUUUAUGUUCACCAGCAUAUCAGGCAGCACCACUUUAACCGGUUAUACGGGGUCUUUAACGAUGUCAGGUGUCCCUAUUUAUUUGCAACUUAGCCCUGAUAGUCGCAACAUCACUGCAACUAGUCCAUUGUCAUCAACAUGCAUUGCCCGAGCAACCAAAGUUUAG